AUGAACAUUUCCGAUAUCUUGAACCCAUCCAACGCUUCUUCAUCAAUCACAGAAAGCCACAGCAGCAGUAGCAACGUAUUGCCAAUGCUUCCCAACCAUUCCUCGUUAUUGCACAUCCCAUCCACUUCAAUGCAACACCACCAUCAUCAUCAACCCAUGCUUGAAUCAUAUGGUCAUUCUUUGCCACAAGUACAUAGCCAUGGCAACAACGACUUGUAUCACUAUUAUGAAAAUGAUCAUGACGCUUUGCAUGGCAGCGAAGGAUAUGGCAAACCACGCAACCGAUUCACCGAGUAUGAGGAUGCUGUGAUUUGUGAAGGUGUUGCCAAAGGCUUGACUUGGGGCCAAAUCUCUGCACAGCUUCCCAACCGUAAGCGAGCUACGUGUUUCAACCGUUAUCGUACAUUGCAAGGCAUUCGUAAAUCCCGACGACGAGUUAGCAGCUUCCGUAUGUCGACAUCGCCCUACAUGGUUACUCCACCAGCUUCACGACGUGCUUCUAUUGUCUCGUGCUCUACCCGUGGCAUCAGCACACCUUCUCCUUCGCCUCCUCUUCCAUCGGCAACAUGGUUCCCCUCCAAGAACAAUGCUACAACCCCUUCACGUCAUUGGGUGCCUGAUCUGGUGAUGGAUCGGUCGUCCUCAUCAUGGUUGGAUGAUUAUCAUCCUCAUCAUGGUGGUAGCAUUGGAUACCGCUUUUAG